UCGGAACCCACAACCUCAGCCAGCUUCAUCAGGAUGUCCAACCAUGAGCCCAAGGGCAGACAACUGCAUGAGCUGCCGCCCGAGAUCUUCCAACAGAUUCUCACCGACCUGGAUCCGGCGUCCAUCAAGGCCCUCCGCCUGACCACACGCGCGCUCGCCGAGAAGUGCCUCGGGCCCCGAGACCAGCUCAUCCAACCCGUGCUCGACUUGUCGCCGCAGAAUCUGCGCGCCCUGUAUGCCCUGGCAUGUGACCCCGUCCUCAGCCCGAAGGUGCAUUCCCUGACCUUCCUGGCCACCUCCCUGGAAUCUCGGGAACUGGAGAAGAGCAUCGAAGCCGGAUACUACGAGGAAGUAACCUUCAAUGGCCCCAUGUGGUCCAGGGAAGCAGUCGACUAUACCCUCGAGGAGCUGGGCAGGGCUCAGGCGGAGCUGCGCUGGCUCAGGGAGCAGCAGGAAGCGCGGGCCGCCGAAUCGCCGAGCGAGAUGGUGGACCUCCUGCAGCGGGCACUGCAGGGCUUCGGCGCGUUGCAGUCGAUCCGCCUCGAUGGCGGGAUCGUCUGCGGACGCGGGCGCGCUAAGAGAGAGCCCCCGGGCUACAAGCAAUGGGAGCCUCUCUGGGAGAGAGCCUCGCGGGUGCUCGCGUGGGUGCUGACUGCGAUGGUGCAGAGUGGCGUCUCGGUGAGGGAUUUCGAUGUGUAUUACAACACCGACCGGUGCUGUGUUCCGGUGGACGAGAUUGCUGCUCUGGCGGCGGGGUUUAGUCAAUCACAGCUGGAGGUAUUCGGAAAGAACCUGCACUCGCUUCAGCUGAGCCUGUCGGGGGAGUUAAGGGAUGCUCAUGUCGAGAAGGCGGGGGAGGGAAAAGAGGCGGAGGAGGGAAAAGAGGCGGAGGAGGGAAAGGGACAAGAGGGGGAAAAGGGCGAACCACUUGAGUUUCAAUCCCUCUUCCAAUCUGCCCCGGCUCUUCGAGAGUUGGAUCUGAGAUUUCGGCGUACCGGCCGACUAGAGACUCGCAAUCGCUAUGACUACAUAAUCAACAGCAUCGUCAAGGAAGUCCAGUUUCCUAUGCUGGAGAAAUGUGAACUUGCUGGUCUUCCUGCCAAAGGAGAGCUUGAGACCCUCGGCCUCUCGAAUCUGUUUGGCAAGCACAUGCAGAAUCGGAAGUAUGAACAACGACGGCGUCAUCCUUCUUCGCCAUCGCUUUCCUCGACGUCCAAGACAGAGAAUGAGCCCGAUGACGAGCUGGAGGAGGGCGACGGAAUGGUGGUUCUGCUGCCAAUUUGGAAUGCCCCUUCCAAAGACCGUUGGGCCGGCUGGUUUACCGAGUACCCCCAUUCCAAUGGGAGAGCAGUGCACACCAGGGACUUCACUCGCGAGGAACUGGCCAAGGGACUGGUCUUUCGGCCGCUAGCCAAAGGGCCAGGACGCGCGAUCGGCUCCAUCCAGGCCAUGAAUUGGAGGAAUAGUCGGCGAGAGCUUUACGCGCCGCUUGUAUAGGUUAGUGAUGUGCGGUGAUCGCAAAUCUGUUUGUGGAGGCGGUCCCAUCAUUGAAACAUACGAGGCUAAAGUGAAUGGUAACUAUUACAAAUCUUGAAGUCUUUUAGUUAUACUGUGCGCAUUUAGUAACCAAUUGAAUGAUUCGGUCUUGGGCCGAGCAAAGUCGCUUUCACUUGACUGUGGAGACUCUAGUAGCUCUAGUGCCUGUCUCAC